GAGAGGGACACUACCGCUGUUGCUCGUGCUGAAACGCCAUGGUUGCGGAGGGGAGGGGCCGCCUGUCCGCCCACCCGCACCCGCGACCACGUCCUAGGUACCGCGCAGCCACCGCCGCGGGAGCUGUCCAGUGCUGAACCCGGAUGCGGCCCGGCCGGCGGGGCUAGACCCGAGCCUGCCGCACCCAGCUGACCCUAGACCGAGCUUCUGGGAGCGCUGACGCAGAACGCUGGGAAGGCGAGAAGCAGUGGACUCCACGCCGGGCAUGGACCAGCAGAGACUGGACUCCUACCAAUGGGGAGCUAGCCGCGACUUCAAUGAGCACGUCCUGCAUAAGACCAUCCUGGUGGGUGACAGCGGCGUGGGGAAGACCUCUCUGCUGGUUCAGUUCGACCAGGGCAAGUUCAUCCCAGGCUCCUUCUCGGCCACCGUGGGCAUCGGAUUCACAAACAAAGUGGUGACGGUGGAUGGUGUGCAGGUGAAGCUGCAGAUCUGGGAUACAGCCGGGCAGGAGCGGUUCCGCAGUGUCACCCAUGCUUAUUACCGAGAUGCCCAGGCCUUGCUCCUGCUCUAUGACAUCACCAACAAAUCUUCUUUCGACAAUAUCCGGGCCUGGCUCACUGAGAUUCAUGAGUACGCCCAGAGGGAUGUGGUAAUCAUGCUGCUGGGCAACAAGUCCCAAAGGCCACCAGCAGAGGGCAGGCAGUGGCUGCUCCUGCAGGCGGAUGUGAGCAAUGAAAGGGUGAUCCGUUCGGAGGACGGAGAGACACUGGCCAGGGAGUACGGAGUUCCCUUCAUGGAGACCAGUGCCAAGACGGGCAUGAAUGUGGAGUUAGCCUUUCUGGCCAUUGCCAAGGAGCUGAAGUACAGAGCCCUGUGGCAGCCCGAUGGGCCCCACUUCCAGAUCCGAGACUUUGUGGAAUCCCAGAAGAAACAGCCCAGCUGCUGCUCCUUCUUAUGAAUCCCAAAGGGGCUGAAAGGAGGCUCCAGAGGCCCCCACGGAUGCAGCCGUCUCCCCCAGAUCUGGUUUAUUCUGAACGGAUGGGAAUCGGGGGACCCAGGGCACAGCCCCUUCCCAAGAGGGAGCUGUACUCCCACUCUUACCUUAGUUCCUGUAGCUUCCCUACAUCCUGGGGGAGGGUAGAGUAUUUAUUUCACUUUAAUGAUACAUAAUGUAAUACAAAAAAGGAGGGGUGGGCACCAGAAAACCAAGAGACAGAACGGGUGGUCCUUUUGCCUUCUGGUACUAAGGACUUAGGGGCCCCAGGCUCUCUCCUUGCCUUGACAAGGGUGGUAUUCUCCAGCUCAGCACCAGAGGGCAGUGAUGCACUUCUGCAGCAGGAGGGCAGGCCGUGACCCCACUGGGGCCCUCACCUCAGCUGGAGAUGUGCAGCAGACCACGGUUUUACUUCCUCCAUCUCCCCCAGAAUGUCUUCCCCAGUAAGAUGCGCCCCUGUGCCAGACCAAGGCUCAGGGAAGAUAAUCGAUGUGGAGAUUGGGCAGUAAUGGAGCUCGGUGGGUAAGGGAGAGAGGAGUAGCACAGACUAGGUCUGUAUUGGCUGCCUCUGGCCUUACUAGCCUCACUCUGGGAUGUACCCCUUUUCCUCCAGCCCACAGACUGAACACAUUUGGUUCCUAUUCUCUAGACCUCAGGUGCCAGGGGCAAGCCCCUCUUUUUCCCCUUCCCCAAAUCCCUGGUGGAGGGAUCUCUACCUUUUUGCUUAUGCCCUUAGAUUCCUAAGGUCACAGCUAGGGAAAGGUUUUUCUCCUGUCUCAACACUUUGGAGAUUGGCAGCCCCACAGGCUACUUCAAGCAGCUCCAGUGUUUCUACUGAGUUAAGAAUCCGAUAAGGAGGAACGCCUGACUCUUGGAGCAGGUGGGAGGCAGAACCAGGCAAACCUCACCCCACACAUAUCCCCCCGCCCAACCCAAGCGUGGUCUCCUCCCUGACCACCAUGCCUUUUCCCUUCAGACAGACACCACCACAGCCAAAACUGCUUUAUGUCCCUUCCCACUGAGCCAGGUUAAGGAGUAAGAGGUCACCCAUUUCUGGGUAAAUCAACACAAUGUGUAGAAAACAAAGUCACGUGGGUAAGAUUGGGUUAAGGAGAGAGGCAGCAAGGAGUUUAUGUGGGGCCAAGGUCACCUGUCCCACAAAACCCUAACCCUGGCCAUCGGAGGUGGACAGGAGCCAUGUGGGUCAUGACCUGGAGAGUAAGAAGUACACACGGCACAUUUCUAAGGCUACUGCAUUUGCUUUCAAGGCAGAAAUCUUGCUCUCUGAGCAGAGUCAGCAGCUCCGACUUGGGCCUGAUAAGGAAGCUCUCCAAGGCUUCUCCCAUUCAGAGCAGGGAGGAGCCUGACCUUGCUGGGCUUUUCUGGGGCCCAAGGCAGGUCGCAGGCAUUCCAGUCAUAGGGGCUGGCUCUGGGCCUCUAGCAUUUGUGUUUUCAGAAUUAAACUGCAGAAUUGGGAAAGCA